AUGUUCAGCUGGGUCUCUACGAAAAACGGAAUACUCACCAACAAAGACGCGGUGGCUCAUGUUAGCCCCUUCGACUACGAGAAAGGCCUACAGAUGGAAAAUACGUAUGAAUAUUUGGGACGGACCAAGUUCGUGAACGACAAGAUUCAGGUGCUUAUGAGCCAGUUCGGUCAAAAGUACAACAUUGUACUCGACAGCUGUCAGAUGGUUACUUGCAAAGUAGCAGAAGCAAUCAUUCGCGGGGUGAAGGGAAAGGAAGCCGGUACAUCUGAGGAGGCGGCAUACGAGCGAGAAGCAUUUCAGGAAAAUUUGAGGAUUCAGACACAGAUGGCAGUGCUUGGAAUGUCAGCUCUGGGAAUUUGA